AAAAAUACAGCAUUUUUGGACUUUGUUCCAUACCUGAAGGUUAAAAAUGAAGGUUGUCAGUAGAUGGCAGGGAACGUCCUUGAUGUUUAAGCCGCUGUGUACGCCGGCCGAACUUGUCAGUUGUCAUUAGACCUCGUGGCUGGACGCUAGUGGGGUAGCUGCCUCAUAUCUUGUUCCCGCAUUUGGAGCUACAUUUGCAGACGAGUGAUUCAGGACACGUGCAAGGCUCGGAACUAACUAGUAGUUCGUUUGUUGCUGAAUAUAAAGGAACUAAGAUGGAGCCUCUGGAUCUUCUGUUGCUGGUGGGCGUGGUUCUGGUCCUGCUGACGUUCAUGUUGAACUGCCACGGGGCCUUGCAAUACCACAGCCGCUUCGUGUUUUACGUCGUGUCCGUGUCCUUCACAGCAAUGAGCUGCAUCCCCUUUUACUGCCUCAGUCCUCUGAAUGUGAAGAACGCCAUGUAUACUGCAUACAUUUUGAAGCAUGUAACCAAAGUCCUGGGCAUCACGUGGGAGCUCCGCGGACGAGAGUACUUGGCAGAAGAUAGGGGUUGCGUCAUCGUGGCCAACCACCAGUCCAUGCUAGACAUCCUCGGCAUGUUCAACAUCUGGCAUGUGAUGGAAAAGUGUGCACCAGUUGCCAAGAAGGAAGUGUUCUAUGUGUGGCCAUUUGGAUUGGGUGCUUGGCUGUCAGGAGUUGUCUUCAUCGACCGCCUCAACUCCAGCAAGGCACAUGAUCAGCUUAACCAUGCCUCAAAACUCAUGAAGACUGACAAGACAAAAUUGUGGUUGUUUCCUGAGGGCACGAGGAAUUCUUCACGAACAUCUCUUUUGCCAUUUAAGAAGGGAGCAUUUCGAGUUGCUAUUACCUGCCAAGUGCCAAUUCUUCCAGUGGUCUAUUCACCCUACUACUUCAUCAAUGACAAGAAGAAAAUCUUUGGCCCAGGGAAAAUGAUCAUUCAGGCUCUCCCAGAAAUCCCUACCAAAGGCCUAACCUUGGAUGACUUGGAUUCACUGGUGGAGAGAACAAGAAAUGUGAUGUCUGAAACAUACCAGUCACUGCUCAGAGAAGUGAUGGCGCAAGCACCGCCCAGCUAACCUGUCAUUAAACCCUGACACUGCACUAGUUUUUUUGUGUGAAUGGGCUGUAUGGUGCAAUAACAAAUUAAAAUCACGGUAAAAUGAAGUUCAAUAAUUGCCAUAAAAACAAUGAUAUAUGUUCCAUGUCAAAACUGAUGUCUUACACAAUGUAGUAGACCUAUUUUAGUGCAAUGUGUGGAUAUUUAGUUAGUGUUUACCUGUUGAGUUCUGAGAGAGUAUCACGUUUAAUUUCUUUUCAUAUACUGCAUCCUAUUUGUAUAAUCUGACAGAUUUAUUUAUAUAGUCAUCACACAAAAUGACUGGUAAUAAUAUUUAUAUUCUGUUGGUGCUUUCUAUUUCCACCGUGUUUACCAUCAGGUGGAUAGUCACUACAUAAGUUGAUUUCGCGGUAGGUUAAUUGAUGUUAUGUAGAGCUGGAUCCAUCGCUAAAUUUAUACAGUAAU